GCCGGGAGCAUCUAAUUUUAACCCAAAAAAUCAUCUACUUGGUACAUACAUAUUUGUUCAGUUUUAACCUUUGGGUCAAUUUCUUUAGAUCGAUCAAUUCUUUCACAACGUACACAACUACACAACUACACCGAAUUGCGACCACCAACAACGAAAAAGGAAAAUAAAGCCUUACAUAGCAUAGCAUAGCAUAUCCUGCACUUCUUGCACACGUCAAAAUCGAUACAUCCAUCUUACCCUAGCCGUUUCUAGCGUACCAAUUUCCACGGACUGAGGAUCUCUGUUAUCUGUCGGUCUCAGCAAAAGCCACGCGUCCCAACUUUUUCAACUCGACCAAAUCCUAAGCAACCCUUUUUUCUCCUUCGCAACAUUGCGGCGCGGUUCAAUCCCCGAACGACGCAAUGGCCCGUCUUCAGAUUCCGUUGGACGUCCUGACGUCGCGCCUGAACAUUCAGGAUCGCUUCUCAGGCUUCCGCAACACCUCACUUUCCAGCAGGUUCGCCAACAUGCGGCCUGUUGGUGAGUUCCUCGAUUUCAAGCGCCUCUCCAAGCCUGCCAAUUUCGCCGAAGUCCAGUCGCGUGUUAAUUACAACCUGGGUACUUUCUCGAGUAACUAUGCCUUGGUCUUCGUACUUCUCAGCGUCUAUGCCCUGAUCACGAACCCUCUGCUGCUCUUCGAUAUCAUACUUCUCGUUGGUGGCUUGUGGCUCCUUGGCCGACUAAAUGGACAGGACCUAACCGUUGGGACAUUUCAUGCAACAUCGUCCCAAUUGUACACCGGCUUGCUCGUUACCUGCGGUCUACUAUUUCUUAUUGCAUCACCUUUCAGCACUGUCCUGUGGCUGAUUGGUGCAAGUGGCGUGGUCAUUGUUGGCCACGCUUCUUUCAUGGACAAGCCUAUCGAUGAGGCUUUUUCAGGGGAGGCGGUCUAGGUGGUCGGCCGCGAGCUCCCAAAUUUGCGCCCCAAUGGGGAAGACCAUCAAGGCGCCCGAAGGGAGGAUGGGAAGAAGAGGAGGAAAACGGCAUAUGGAAUGCCGGGCGCCGGGUUGUGGAAGAG